ACAGGGGAGAAGCAGCAGCAAGAGAACCAGGCCCGUCCCGGCCCGUGGAUCGGAAGGACCAACAGGGAAAAUAUCUCAGGAUUGAUGGUCCACGUCAUCAAUGGGAAUCAAAAGCCUGUGGACCUGACGUAUCAAGAGGGGAAAAUGUCUCAGGGCCACAGGAACAAAUUAAUGCCUCGGGGUGGAAGGGACGACGGUCGCAAUGCCAUGGAGGUACAAAAGCGCCUGUCCUCCGCUGGCUACCCAUUGCUUUGAGAUUCCUCACACCUAAGUCCUCCUGCAUCUCUCAAUAUCGCCCACCCAUCACCCACCUGUCAGAUUUCCACAGCCCGAGAAGCCUGCACCAUGUCCGAUGUCAUUGACGACGAAACGGUCUGGUUCCCCAAGGGCCAGACCAUGAGCAAGACGAACUUGAACAAAGCCGCUCGCCGACCGUCCGCCGCGGAUGGUGAUAGUGACAAUGACGACGACACCGUCUUCGGCCUAGGCAAUGCCGAUAUGGGGUCACUAAACCGGUAUCUCCACGGGGGCCGGGUGCUGCCGUUGGAUCGCACCAACUAUUGCAACCAAACGGGCAUUGUGGAUACCUCCUUGAUCACCCCGAAGAUCUGGAACAAGGUGGAUGAGCUAAUCGAGGCGUACAAGAGAGUCCACGCCGACUGUACGGGCUUUCUCGGAGAUGACAACACGGCUGUCAAGCAAUGGACGGUGGGCCAGAAGGCUCUGAAGUCCCAAAGGUCCACUGACGACGACGACAGUGACUUUGACAAGCUUUGCACCUGGGAUAAGAUGAAUGGCCUCGCCCAGAAGAUCUACAACUACUCCGACGAUGCAGGGAGCACGGACGCGGAGGAUUCGUACUACGUCGUCAUGCUGAAACUGUGCGGCGACUAUAACGACACCGAUGAUGCGGCGGAGCAGGAGCAGAUCCGCGGGAACAUCAAGGACAUAACCGACGACCUCCUCGCGGAUGUGAAUAUCAUCCUAUCCCGCAUCGACAAGGUCAAGUCUGCCCUGGAAGCCUUUGACAAGAGCUGUCAGUCGAACCAGUUUACCUUGGAGGGUCUGGAAACAUCCAUGACCACCAUCCUAACCACUGAGCUGGGCAAUAUCGAGGACUUGGAAGCCCAGAUCCAAGCCCAUCAAGAUGAUAUCAAAGGCUAUCAAGCCAUCAUCGAUCAGGAUCGUUUUGAUCAGAAGAUGACCGCCGCCUACGUGUGGAUCCCCAUUGCGGGAACUAUUGCGGGACCUAUCGUGUUUGCUCAAAAGCAAAGCGAGAUCAAUGAAUACGAGGCCAAGAUUGACGCGAUGAACAAACUCAUCCAGGACGAACACGCCAGUGUUCUACUGCACAAGACCUUACAGGCCAAUGUGACAUCCAUGAAGGGCCAAGCGAAGGAGCUCAGUGGUCUGAUCGGCCCCGCCAUAGCGACCAUCGAGGCACUGAAAGGAGGCUGGGAUGUCAUGGGGACCCAGGUCAAGUAUAUUAACGAUAAGGCAGCCUCGUUUGAAGAGAAGAUUCCAAAGAUGGCCCUGAGCCAGCUCAAACUCAACAGGAUCUCGAACGAGUGGUUGAAGUUGAAUAAAUAUGUUACCUCCUAUAUCCAGACCGCCCAAAUGGUCCCCCAGGUCAAUGUCACCGACCUCAAUGACUAUCUGCAACAGUUGAAGGAUGCUGCCAAGUCCUCUUAGUAGUACACCUGAUGGGGUCCAAUGAGUCCUAAGGCGAUCCGGCACUGUCCAGCAAUGCUACUCGCGGAGCAACACCACCGGCCCCGUAAAGAAGGAUGUACAUAUAAUGACAAUGUCACCAGAGAUUAUCGUCGAGCUUACUGCACAAAAGCU